AUGGUAAAUAUCGGUAAUCUCGAGCGAGCUGUACGCUUGAAGGAGCUCAUCCAGAUGAACAUCGCCGCCCUCUACGCCAGUAUGCCAGUCACGAAGCUAUUCGUUUGUAAACGUGGCGAGUUGUAUGUUGCCGGCGUGGCCACUCCCCAUACUUGCGGGCAUGGGAGUGUCCUGUUGAAGGGUAUUGAACGUACGACCGCCGAAGGCGCUCUGGAGUCACUUCUGGACGAGACUGCGAAAGAACUAACCAAGGAGAUGAACUUCUAA